UGCACUGGUAAAAAUAAGGUGGGUGUUUUUUGUUUUUAUUUAUCUACCUGGACAUCUGUAUAGGAAGAAACGUGAAAGAGAGGACACUUCAGAUUUGUCAUUGGAAUUCAUUGACUUUCAGGACAGUAACUGCUCGAGCUACCAGAAAACAGGAGGAACAGAAGGACAUCUCUUUUUGCGUCGAGACCUGGUAGAAAAGGUAUCAGAUAGCCCCAUUUCCCAGGAGGACUCCCCUCCCUGCCCUCCCAGCCUACCCUGUCCCCAGCAGCAUGUCCCAGGCUGUGAGGCUGAUUCCAGUCCUCCCCAAACCACUCUACCAUGAGCACAUGGGCUGCUGGAGGGAGUAAGGCUGCCUCUGCCUGGUCCACCUCUGGGUCUUGGUUUAGGUCUGGCUCCAGGUUUAGGUCUGGUUCUGGGUCUGGGCUAAGGUCUGGCUCCAGCUCCAUCUCUGGGUCCUCCUUUUCCAGCCUGUCACUGUCUCUGCUGCUAGCACUGCUGCUCUCCCUUUCUAUCCCUUUGGUUGUCUGUCAUCAACCUCUCUACAGAGGCAGGAACCAGCCCCACAGCCCCAACAGCACUCUUAGUGCCCCAGUGAACAGUUCCCUGGCUGGGUCCAGGAUUGGAGGGACUGGGCAGACUGGGGAUCCCUUAGGAAGGACAGGGGGUCCACUUGGGAGGCAUGUACGCAGCUACAACCACCUGCAGGGAGAUGUGCGGCGGAGAAAGCUCUUCUCCUUCCAGAAGUUCUUCCUGCGGAUCGAUAAGAAUGGCCGAGUCAACGGGACCAAGAGUAAAGAUGACCCACUCAGUAUUCUGGAGAUCACAUCAGUGGAUGUGGGCGUGGUGGCUAUCAAAGGACUGGGCAGUAACUACUACCUGGCUAUCAGCACCAAGGGAGAGCUGUAUGGAGCGAAAGAGUUUGGCAUUGACUGCACACUGAAGGAACGUAUUGAAGAGAACGGCUAUAACACCUACGCCUCAGCCGAGUGGAGGAACAAGAAGAGACAGAUGUUUGUGGGCCUGAGUGUCCAGGGGAGGCCACUGAGAGGGAAGAAAACACGGAGGAAGAAUACGGCCACACACUUCCUCCCCAUCAUGGUGUGAUGAUGAGGAGCUUUUCACUGGACUAGACCCUGUCGGAGAGCUAAUUCAGCACUGAACAAUCUUUCAACUAAGGAUAAGAAAGGGCUCUAAUCUGGACAGAGAGCACCUGAACUAAAAUACAUAUUUUGUCUAAGGAAGUUACUUAACUGCGCAGAUGCUGCCUCCCACUGGGCACGGACGUCAAUUCAACGUCUAUUCCACGUUGGUUCAAUGUGAUUUCAUUGAAAUUACGUGGCGCAACGCUGAUUCAAUCAGCUGUGCCCAGUGGGCUGCUUCUGACUUUGCUUGAGAUAGUUUAUUGGUUUGGGGGAUGGACAGUGUUUUCUGUGGCACAUGGUGAAACAUAAACUCUAUUCUGUGCCAAGUCAUUGGAAGGAGGUGGACUGAAGGAGGACGUGACAUUCGGGGGACAAAGUAGGAGGCUGUUUCACACAUCAAGUGGAUGAACUGAGGAAGCACUGGUUUUGUGUGUACAAAACACUUGUUACAAACUGUUAUUCACGGUUCUCAAUCGCAUUUCAAUAAUCUGAACAGGUUUGGAAAUCAAGAAGAAGGGCUAACAGAUCAUUAAAUGCGAAAACAGCAAUAAACUCUUGAGCAAGAUCCUAGUGCUCAUUUUAAGCCUGAAACCAUGACAAAAGUGAAUAUAUAAUGUAUACUUAACCACUAAGUUCUGACUGUGUUGAAGCAAAUUAUUUAUUUUGUGUAAUAUUUAACUGGAGGUGGAAAGAAGGUGAACAUUUAUUUGCAUUAUUUUACACCUUUAAUGUCUAUAAGAGAAAAUAAAAUGAGACGUUUCCUCCUCUGUA